AUGAUGGAAUUUGGGGAGAUAUUGAAGGUGAUAGGAGAAUUUGGGAGGUUUCAGAACUGGCUGGUGCUGCUCAUCUGCAUCAUAAAUCUUCUAGCUCCCUUCCAUAUGUUUAGUCAAGUGUUCGUUGCAAUGGACGUGCCUCACUAUUGCAACACAAGCUGGAUCCGUGCCAUUAGCCCAAACCUGACCACUGAGCUGGAGCUCAACUUGACGCUUCCCAGGAAACCAGAUGGCUCUUUUGAGGAAUGUUCCAUGUAUACUCCUGUGCAAGAAGAAGACAUUGAACCCAUCAUGAAAUAUGGACUCAAUGCUACGGAAAAGUGCCAAGACGUCUGGGUCUUUCCUACACAGCUAAAGCCAACGUUGGUCACGGAGCUGCUGACGGUCUGUCCUUGGGUCCUUCCAAAUUCUGCUUGCUGGCUUCUGACAAAAGGGAAGAUCAAGGAAGCCAAAAAGGUGCUCCAGAAGGCGGCCUCCGUCAACAAGCAAAUUAUCCCUGAAGAGCUACUCAGUCAGCUGACUUCAGAAGAGAAGGCAAAAUCUGGAAAUAUCAUUGAUCUCUUCAAGAUUCCACACCUAAGGAAGAUGACUUUAAUUAUGGCCUGGGUAUGGUUUGCAGACAGUUUGGUGUACUUCGGACUGAGCCUUCAGGUUGGGGCUUUUGGCUUGGACAUCUACGUGACCCAGCUUGUCUUUGGAGCAGUUGAAAUACUGGCCCGUCUCUCCUGUGUCUUCCUGCUCCACUGGCUGGGCAGGAAGAAAUGCCAGGCAGCUUGGCUUUUCCUGGGUGGCGUUGUGUGCUUGUUCAUCGCAGUGAUUCCAAAAGAUUUCCCAGUGAUGGUGACAGGGUUGGCUGUGGCUGGCAAGGCUGCUCUUGCUGCUGCUUUUUCAACCAGUUACGUGUUUUCUGCAGAGGCAUUUCCCACAGUCGUCAGGCAAACCGGCUUAGGGUUGUGUUCCAUGUCUGCCAGAGUAGCUGGCAUUCUCUCCCCACUGGCUGGUCUCCUGGACAGGUACCACUCUGCCAUUUCCAUGGUGCUAUUUGGAAUUACAGCACUAAGUGCGGGAAUCCUCUGCUUCUUCCUUCCUGAGACACAGAACAAAGAUCUUCAGGACAAUGCAGUCAAGUCCUCAUCAAGGCAAGGGUCUCUCAAAGGCAAACACAGAUAG